AUGGGGUCCGCGGAACGGUGCCGGCGAUUUUUGCUGGAGGCUCACAAGCACGAGCCCGGGUUCCCCGUGGGGAUACAUAGUUUGGGUGUCCUGGACACGCAUGUGGUGAGCUUCCCGGCCAUGGCCGCAAAGGACGCCAAGGCCUAUUGGCAGCACAGCGGGGAGAUCCUCUCCUCCCGAAAAGCGGCCCGGGUCUUGGCGUGCCUGGGUCACCCCGUUCCCACCUUGCUGGAUGGUCUUCCAACCUCCCCCCGGCCAUCCGCGUCCUGUGCCCCGGGCGCUAGGACGGCGAGCGCCGCCGUGCCCGAUUGCUAUCGUCGGGGACUGCGGGAACGGAUAGCGGACCUGACAGGGCAACACAUGGUUGACGUACAUUUGACCAUCACAGGCAUGGCCGCCAUUUUCAUGGCCUUUAAUAUGUGCCGUCAGGCGCGUCCGGGGCGGCCGGUGGUUGUGUUUGGGUUCACGUACUUGGAUACUCUGAAGAUCUGCCUCCGGAAAGAAUGGAAUGCCCACGGGGUGCAUUUUCUGGGCAAAGGGGAUGCACGGGACUUGAGUGUGUUGGAAGAGCUUUUGGAGAAAAAGGAGGUGAUGGCGGUCUUUACCGAAUUUCCGAGCAAUCCCUUGUUGCAGAACCCGGACCUGAGCCGGUUGGUGGCGCUGGGACGUCGCUAUGGUUUCCCUGUGGUCGUGGACGACACCAUUUCCAAUUUCCACAACGUGGAUUUGAUGCGCGUGGGGGGUGCCGGGGGGGGAGUGGACAUGUGCGUGAGCAGCCUGACCAAGUUGUUCUCCGGAAAAUCAGACGUGAUGGCCGGCAGCUUGGUGCUGAACCGUGCGUCCCCCCUGUACGGGGGGCUAAGGACGGCGAUGGAGACGAUGGAGGGAGGAAACGACGCAGAAUUGUACGAAGAGGACGCUCGGGUGGUGUGGGAGAACGCGAGGGAUUUUGAGGAACGUUCUCGGAGAAUCAACGAGACCACGGGCCGGUUGGUGGAGUGGCUGGGAAACCAAGCAGGGGUUGCGGAGGUCUUCUACCCCAGCCGGACGCAACGGGCGAUAUACGACGCAUUCAAGCGGGCAGAAGGAGGCUAUGGCGGUCUAUUCUCCGUGUCCCUGAGCCCUAGCCUGUCUCCCACGGCCUUUUAUGACGCCCUGGAUGUGUUCAAAGGCCCCUCUCUGGGCACCAAUUUCACCUUGGCCUGCCCCUACACCCUCUUGGCCCACUACUACGAAUUGGAUUUUGCCCGCCGCCACGGCGUCUGUCCAAAUUUGGUACGGGUCUCGGUGGGAUUGGAGAGUUUCGAACACCUUCAGAAGGUCUUCGAGGUGGCGUUAGACUCGGCCCGACGGCCCAUACCGACAGGAGUGGCGCGUGAGAAAUACUUCCCGCCCGGAUUGACAGGCGGGUAG